AUGGCCGUUACUCCAAUCCAGUCCCUCGUCUCAAGUCUACCCCCAGAGGUUCUUGCAAAGAUCCCAGCUAUCGCUGCUCCCCUCGGUGUCACCUCAAACUUGGUCAAUCCAACAAGUAGAGGUUCUGUAUUGGCUGGCAUUAUGAUAAUAUGUUACACUAUUCGAGUUUAUACACGAUUGGCAAUUCAGCGAAAAGUGACAUGGUGUGAUUUCACUCUACUUAUAGGUUUCCGCUUUGGUGGUCUAUAUCGAUGUUCUAAUAUGUACGUAUACCUACAAUUAUUACGCAUGUAUCAAGCAUCAAUUGAUUAUCCAAAAGCUGGCACUGGAGAUUGUAUUGUUGGUAUUCAUUCGUGGGAUAUCUCCUUAUUGCGUCUAUUCAGUCGGCGAAAUUUGAUAGCUCUUUACAUAGGUACUUGGAUGGUCUAUUUUGCUCUAGGCUUCGUAAAGCUUUCUCUCUUUCUUAUGUAUCUUGAAAUAUUUGUAGGAUUACAAUGGAUGAAAACUUGUGUAUAUAUUGGUGCUAUGCUUUCUUCCCUAUUUUAUCUCGCUAUUACGGUCGGUCACUUUUGUCUGGCGACGCCUUUUAAUGGCGAAACAUGGAAAUCACAUAUAGUCUCAGCCCGCACACUCAAAGCGAUUACCUUUUCCGUUCCCACGGCCGCUGUGGGGUUGGCGAUUGAUGUUUAUCUCUUCAUCUUGCCGUUCAUUGCUGUUAUCAGAUUGCAUCUGCCAAUGCGGAAGCGAAUACCUGCUAUGAUGAUGUUUAGUGUGGGAUUACUCGCCUGCAUGGGAUCUGCGUUGGGCAUAUAUUACCGGGUGCGGUUUAAUCGAACUGACGAUAUGGAUAUCGGUAUUAUGUUAUGCUGCUUUCUGGCCAUGCGACUAUUUCUCCGCACAUACCGACACACGUUUUCAAGUGUAGCUGUCGCUCUCGCAUCUUUUCUACGCUGUAGAUUAGAACUAUCAAAAUCAAGCGCUCAUAUCACGAUUUUUAAAGAUGAAUCAACCCAAGAAUCUGCUAUUACUAGACCAGCACCGAUAAAAGCUCUGGGUCGUAAUCUUUAUCCAAAUCUUGAUGUGACGAGCCCUUCGGAUUUUGAAGGUAGUGCCUUGAGCAGUAAAUGUUGUAAUGGCUUGAGCACAAAAUCGGCUGGCGAAAAUGCUUUUCCCAUCGCUACUCAUGAGCUUCGCCACUAG